AUGAGGUGUCUCGAAGCGAAAGAGCGCAUCGAUACGAGGAUGGACGGAUGGUGCCUCUGGUCGGAGUUCUCGUGGAUGGUCACGCUCUCGGUGCUGGCUUGGGAAGGCGUCCAGCUUUUCCACCUAACGAGGAGGUACCUCAUCCACGCCUACGCCCCUUACCCUCCUUUCACCUCCUAUGGCGCCUGGGCAGUGGUGACGGGAUGCACGGACGGGAUCGGGCUCAGUUAUGCCAAGGAAUUGGCCAGGCAUGGAAUGAAAAUCGCUUUAAUCAGCAGAAACCCUGAUAAGCUCGAGACAGUGGCUUGGCAAAUAGAGAAGGAAUUUGGCGUUGAGACAAGGGCGAUUCAAGCCGACUUCACGAAGCUAGACAUCUACGAGGGGAUAAAGGAGAAGUUGGCAGGCCUGGACGUCGGGAUCCUCGUGAACAACGUGGGAAUGGCAACGAGACGCAGCCCGUUCCUAGAUGUCCCGGAUGGAGGGAAGACAUAUCAGGACGUACUCCUAGUCAACAACAUGUCAACGGUGCGGAUGACCCACGUGGUCCUCCCUGGGAUGGUCGAGAAGAGAAAGGGGAUCAUCAUCAACGUCUCCUCCAUUUCAGACAUCUCCCCGGUUCCUCUCACAGCAACUUACUCCGCAACGAAGGCAUUUAUAUACAGCCUUUCGCGGAGUCUCGCCUACGAAUACAAAAACAAUGGGAUUCUUGUGCACCAAGUCGACCCUUGGUACGUGUACACGAAGAUGAUGUAUAAAUUGCUUCUUCCAACGGGUUUAAUGGCUCCGACUCCGGAUAUCUUCGUUCGAUCUGACCUCCGCUCCAUCACCAAAGUUCAUGUUACCUCUGGUUAUUGGCUUCACGACAUCGUGAGGGAGGUCGCCCGUUUCGUGGACUUCAUCGCGCCCACGGCGGCGACGAAUAUAGUCGGGUGGGCCAUAAAAAAAGAUUCGGAAAGGGUGAUGCAGAAACGGGCGGAACUGAAGCAGCAAAAAGCGGAUGCCAAGACGACAUAG